UGAGUUGUGUUUCUUUGUGUGAUCUAAUGCUUUUCUCAAUUUGAGAGAGAGGAGAAGAAGAAGAGACCAUCUUUCUUCCCAAAAAAACUAGCAGCAUUGCAGUUUGCUUUUCGGUCCUUGUGUCGGUAAAGCCUUUUUUGUAAUUGGGCAAGUGGAUUUCUUAAUUGCGUAUAGCUGUCUACACGUACACUACCCCACUUUAUACUGCCAGUGUCCGUGAGCCUCACAGCAUUAUUUGCAAUUUUGGUGUUCUCCACACUUUGUUUGAACUAUUUUACCCAAUACUGUUUCUUUCCAUCCGAAUAACUGAAAUUGCGUCCUCUGUUAAAGGUCUACAUGCACGGCUUAAGCCGGCUAGGCAAUGGCGUGUCUCCGCCAUCCUCCCCUCGUUUCCGUCAUGCCCGGAAUAAGAACACUGAUCUAUCUGCUAGUUUCACCAGUGGUAAUUGUCAAGUAAAGCUGCAGAAUUUUGCAGAGAAGUUAGGUUUUAUGAUAGUAUCUGCUGUUUAUAGGCGAAGAGGGGUGUUACUUUUUGCUCCCUUGUUGUAUAUAUCUGGAAUGUUGUUAUAUAUGGGUGCUUUAGGCUUUGAUGCAUCUCGUACAAGUGGUGGGGGAACCGGGCUGGAUCCAAUUGGAUCAGUUUACAGGAGCCCACAGGUUUUUGAAAAGCUCUGGCCAUUAAUGGAGGCUGAGAACAAUGGAAGCUCUAAUUUGUUAACAAAUGUGUGGAAUCCUAAGUUGCAUCAAGUUUGGAAGCCUUGUAUUGCCCAUACUGUUUCUCAAGAAGGUUUUGCAGAACUGCCAAAGUCGAAUGGCUACCUCAUAAUUGAAGCAAAUGGUGGAUUGAACCAACAAAGGUUAUCGAUCUGUGAUGCUGUAGCAGUUGCAGGACUACUGAAUGCUACUCUUGUUAUUCCAAUUUUUCAUUUAAAUAGCGUAUGGAGAGACUCUAGCAAGUUCUGUGACAUAUUUGAUGAGGACUUCUUCAUCUAUGCUCUAAGAAAUCAUGUGAAGGUGGUCCGAGAACUCCCUAAAGAGCUGCUGCUGAAGUUUGACAAUAAUAUAAGUAGCAUUGUUAACUUGAGAGUAAAGGCAUGGUCCAGCCCAACCUAUUAUCUUCUAAAGGUCCUGCCAAAGCUGAAGGAGUUAGGGGCUGUGCGCAUUGCACCGUUUUCUAACAGAUUGGCCCAUUCAGUUCCUCCAAAUAUCCAAGGAUUGCGAUGUUUGUGCAAUUUUGAAGCACUUAGGUUUUCCGAACCCAUACGCAUGCUUGCAGCAAAGAUGGUUGAUCGAAUGGUAAAAAAGAGCUCUAAAACUAGUGGAAGAUAUGUUUCGGUGCACAUCCGCUUUGAAGAGGACAUGGUUGCAUUUUCAUGCUGUACUUAUGAUGGCGGGGAAGAAGAAAAACAUGAGAUGGAUAUUGCCCGUGAAAGAAGUUGGAGAGGAAAAUUCAGACGAAGAGGAAGAGUUAUAAGGCCAGGUGCAAACCGAGUCGAUGGCAAGUGCCCGCUAACUCCACUUGAGGUAGGCAUGAUGCUUAGAGGUAUGGGGUUUGACAAUAACACCUCACUUUAUGUUGCGGCGGGAAAAAUUUAUAAAGCUGAGAAAUAUAUGACCCCACUCAAACAGAUGUUCCCACGGCUGGAAUCAAAGGAUACAUUAGCUUCCACAGAAGAACUUGCUCCAUUUGAGGGACACUCAUCUAGGUUGGCAGCACUUGAUUAUACAGUCUGUCUUUAUAGUGAAGCUUUUGUCACAACUCAGGGUGGCAACUUUCCUCACUUCUUAGUGGGUCACAGAAGAUAUCUGUAUGAAGGACAUGCAAAGACAAUUAAACCUGAUAAAAGGAAAUUGGCUCUUCUGUUUGACAGCCCAGAUAUCAGAUGGAAUGACUUCAAAAGCCAAUUGCAAGACAUGCUUCAUCAUAGUGAUACAAAGGGGGUCGAGUUCAAGAAACCUAGUAGCUCCCUUUACACAUUCCCAAUGCCAGAUUGCAUGUGUAAGCAUGCAGAUGUCAAAAGUGCAAGUGGUAACAGGAGAAGACUAGUAUGAUACUUUAGGAUACACAAUAGCUGUAUAAAAGCUUAUAUACUGGCAAAUGGAAUGGAAUACUCAAUAGCUAUACAAAAGGUUUUGUACUUGUAACUUUCUUUUGUGCGUUUCAGUCAUCCAUUUUUUGUACAUGUCCAUAAUUCAUAUGAUAUUUCUAAAGUCCUUUGAUUGGUUUGUUAUUUUAA